GCAGAUGGGAAGCAACACGUCUGCUGCACAAAACACUGCAAAAGCUCUACCUGCAGUGACAACUCGUUCCUGCUUACCUACACAAGCUGACUUCAGAGACUUGUUUCUGCACGUGAAUUCAUGGAUGAAUCACUGCAGCGAUACUAAUCAAAGCCUUUUUAUCGACGC